AUGCAUAGUGCCGCCUGUCCAAAAAAAUUUAAAAAAGUUGCUGGCAGCUGUCUGCGCUUGUUUCCCAACAAAGCAAACUUUUUCAAUGCCUAUCGCAAAUGUGACAAGCUAAAUGCCACAUUAUUAUUGCAUAAAACAGAAAAACAACAAGAGCAAAUCACGAAAUUUCUUAUAGACAAUGGCUUCAAAUUGGGCAAGCCAUAUGAAGAUGAAAUAUGGAUUGGUAUUGCAGCCCUGAAUACCAAAGCAGAGUUCGUGUCCGAGCAUGAUCAAAAAACUAUGAAAUAUAUGCCCUGGCUACCCGGCGAGCCCAACAAUCGGGAUGGCAAUGAGGAAUGUGUAGUCUAUACCAAUCGUAUGGUUUAUGGAUAUAACGAUGUUGACUGCAAUUUGAAGCAUAAGUUUGUUGUGAAACUUAAUAAGUUAUAA